GUGUCGUGCGUGCCUGCGCGUACGUUUUGGGAGGGCCCUCCAUGAUAAUGAAAAUCUUCGCACCACCAUUAAAUGAAGUUAACGCUAACGCUUCAUCUCCUCCAGGAUCCCAUUUAUGUCCAACACUCAAUUCCUCUUUCUAUUUUAAACUUCCUCACACACACCCUUCUUCUACUUCUUCUUCUUCUUCUCUCUCCCUCCUCCCUCUCUCUCUCUCUCCCCCUCUUUUCUUCCUUUUCCAAGUUGUAAGCGUUAUGGUGUGACUUUUUGUAUGGUCUCGUGCUGAUUUCUGUGUUCUGUUCCGAAGGUUGCUCUGUUUGCUGAAUCCUCUGUAUACCCUUUCGGGGAUUUUUAAUAAAAAUGGAAACUGAAGACAAGGUCUCAGAGAAGGUGCAGGGAGACGUUAUUACUGGUGAAGCAACUGUAGUCAUUCCCAUUCAUAAGGUCGAAGAUUUGAUGGGAACAGCGCAAGAAGCUCCACAGGCUCAUCAUUGGAAAAAACAGAAUCUUUUCCUAGACAUACCUUCGAGGAAGAUGGGAACGUGGACUCAAGACAGUGUCAUCAUCAAAAUGCCGCCGACACCGGGUGCCACCCCUAAGAGAGUAAAUUUUCUCUUGACGCCUAGCUCAAACGAAGCGAGAAAUAAUAUUGCGUCUCCAGGUCCCUCUUCUUCUAGGGGCAAAUCAUCCAUAAAAAACUUACUACCUAAGAUGAGCUUCAUACACCGAAAUUCAGCAGCAGACACUGAGAAAGCCACCAAUCCAGAUCCAGAUGCUUCGAUCACAGGACUAAGAGAAAAGCCUUCCAUAGCUAGGUCGCUGUCAUUUACGAAGCUAUUCACUCCUAGAUCAAGGAGAGCAUCUUCGCUACCGGCGACUCCAAUUGGGAACUCCAGUAAAGAAUCCUCGCACAGCGAAAGAGUGUGUAGUACUCCACAGCCCACUUCAACAGGACUUCAAAGAACAAUUCCGCGGUCACGUUCAGUUCCUGUCAAUGACAAAGAGGAUAGCAUUAGGAGAAUGGACUCCUUCUUCCGCAUAAUACCUUCCACACGGUCAAAGGAAGGAGAUGUGAUGCCUAACAUAUCUCAGACAGCUGAUCACGCAGAUGAUACUGAUGGUGAAGACAUACCCGAAGAAGAGGCGGUCUGUAGAAUUUGUCUGGUUGCUUUGUCUGAGGGCGGGGAAACUCUCAAGAUGGAAUGCAGCUGCAAAGGCGAAUUGGCUCUGGCCCAUAAAGAAUGCGCUGUGAAGUGGUUUAGCGUCAAAGGUAACAGGACUUGCGAUGUGUGCAAACAAGAGGUUCAGAAUCUGCCUGUGACUCUUUUGAGAAUACAAAGCAUCCACAAUGGAACCGUGGGAGGCACUCGAUUUGAGAUGGAAGAUCUUGGUCGAUACAGGCUGUGGCAGGAAGUGCCAGUCCUCGUCGUUGUGAGCACGCUGGCCUACUUUUGUUUUCUUGAGCAGCUUUUGGUUGGGAAGAUGGGUACAGGCGCAAUUGCCAUAUCUCUUCCAUUUUCUUGUGUUUUAGGUCUCCUAGCAUCCAUUACUUCAUCAACCAUGGUGAAGAGCAGAUUUGUCUGGGUUUAUGCAUCUUUCCAGUUUGGCCUGGUGGUUCUCUUCGCUCAUCUAUUUUACUCUUUGGUUCAUCUGCAAGCCAUCCUAUCGGUUCUCUUCGCAUCUUUUGCCGGAUUCGGCGUCGCAAUGAGCGGGAGUUCGAUCCUCGUUGAGUUCUUCAGAUGGAAGAGAAGACGGCGUGCCCAUUUGGUACAAUCUCGCCGUGCUCAGGUGGCCAUACGUCCCAGCCAGGCUCCUCGGGGAUCUCUGGAGUCACCGUGGGAAGGAUCCUCUCUGACCCAUCCAACCCAUGUGAACAACCCGGAAACUUUUAGCGGGAGUUGAACCGGUCUGUACUCUGUAGCAGAUCCUGCAAAAUUCGAUGCGGCCGACCAUAAACAGUUUCAGGCCAAAUUUUCUGUAGUUUGUGUGGAAAGAUGCUGCAAUGUAUGUGCUAGAUAGGCGGUUUCCUUUCGGAACUAUUACUAAUCAUCGUGGUACUGUGACUUGUGGCUGGUUUACGAGCUGCAGAUA